GCUUGACCGUUCAGCUUAGAGCGUUUUUUUUCCCUUUCCCUUUUUUUUUCCUUUUUUACUUUGCACUACUAGGCUGUUGUUUUAUAAUUGAUCGCCAUUAUGGGAACCACAGCUAUGGAUCUUGACUCGUCCCUCGAUGAUAUUAUCAAGAAGAAGAAGGAACAAAAACACAAGCCUAAACCUGCAGCAGCAUCGCAAAGAAAUCAAGCACCUUUUGGAAGACGUAACACCGCCAAUACCAACAAUGUCCGAGGCAGAUUAGCUGUCAGUAACCGAUCAAAAGUCAUUGGAAAAUCAACACAACGAAACCCCCCUAGUCGUGUGGUGCCGAGCCGUCCAUUGACGACGGCUGGUUUUGGUAAAGUGAAUCGAGGUGUACCCAAGGCCGAUCCUGCCAACAUUGUUAUUACCAAAGCCGUGAGCCGUAGUCCGGCCGGUCCCAAAGCUGGCACGGCAGCUAUUGGUCGUUUCGAAGGACGUUUGGGUAAGCCAUCACAGUCAGCACCACGAGCACGAGCACGACCUGGUUUCGAAACGACGACACCUCCUGCUCGCCCUGUGUAUGAACCUGUGCCUUCCGAACCCGCAUCACAACAGAGAUUCACCAUUCGCGGCAUUGCACAUACAACCUCUCCUGGCUUGUCUAUUCGUGGUGAAGCCGGUCCCGCCACCGUUCUCAUUAGCAAUUUGGAUCCUGGCGCCAAUGCCGAGGAUGUAAAGACCGCAUGCCAGCAGUUUGGGCCUGUGAAUCAUGUGGAACUGUUGAUGGAUCGUUACGGUCGAUCGUACGGUGAAGCCGAAGUCGAGUUUAGCAACAAAGCAUCGGCGUUGCAGUGUAUCACAAAAUUGGAUAACGAGAUUGCUGAUGGUCGUGUAUUGCGUGCGAUUCUAAGAAACAAACCCGCCGGGGUCAGCAGUGGAAGCUCGGCUGGCGGCUUCGCAACGCAAUCCGUUCGUUCCAUGGUCGCUCCUGUUCGCUCGGGUUUUGGAACAGCAAGUUCGGGAAAAAUGUACGCUGAUCACGUCAUUCCUACUGGCCCUGCCGCUGGUUCUUAUGACCAAUCGCACCAUUACGAUGCCUACAGUAGAAGUGGUAGCAGCAGCAGUUCCAGACGUUACUGAAACGCUGGCCGGUGAAAAUAAAAUGCCCGGAUAUUAUUGUACAUGAAAACGCAGAUUGGACAAUGGGGAAGAAAAAAAAAAGAAAAAGAAUCAAAAAGGGAUGUUCGUGUCGGCCAUGUUCGUGUUGAACCUAGACACCAAAUUGGAAACUCAUUUAAUAAGCAUUAUGAAAUAAAUAAAUAAAAAAGAAAAGAAAAAAGGUUUCUUUGAUCCAUCGUAC